AUGAAAAGAUCUAUCGAUUGUGUAAUUUUCGUACUCUUUAUCUGCGAUCAAGAAGAAUCGAUUACUUGGGAAGAGAAAUUAAUUGUCCUUGGUAUCAUCAACCUUUUGAAUUUCCAAAGUCAUGAACCUUCUCUUGUUAUUCAUCGUUCAACUGAAUUAUUUCAAAGAGUUAUUAAAUUAUCAAUAGAAAAAGAGGAUAAUCCACUUGUUCAUUACGAGUUGUUUACAUUUCUUCAAAAAUGUCAUUUUUACUCUGAUGAAACAACUGAUUAUUCUCCCUAUCAACCAAUGAUAAAUCAAGGUUGUAAACGUAUCAUCAAUGGUAAACAACCAUUACAACCUCAUAGUCUAUUUGCACUUUGUAGCUAUUACAAGGAGAUUAAAGUGGUCGAUCGUGAUUUUAUUAAUCAAUUGUUUGAAAAAUCAAUCAAUUCAAAUCAUCAAUAUGUUAUCAAAGAAGCUUCUUCUUUAUUUCAACAACAUUCAAACAUUAUUGAUUCAAGAUUAGGAUCAACAGUUAUUAAAAUAAUGGAUGAUCCAAGUCAUGAACAAGAAAUGGUUGACCUAGUGAUCAAAUAUUUUGAAAGAUUAGAAUCAAUCACAGAGAGAAGAAAAUAUUUACAGAUUGUAGUCUCCAAGCUAUUGUAUACAAAAGGUUUUAGUACUGACAUGGUGGAUCAAUUUGUUUAUACAAAACUUAUUGGUUGGGUAUUUGAUGGAUCAAUUGGAAUGGAUCCAGUCAUUUAUUUCCCACCAAUGUUUAAAAUCAUUUUGAGCCGACACUUUGACACUCAAGAUGAAGCCCAACUCGUUAGAUUGUGUGAAAAAUAUCCAGACAAGGUUGCUCAUUACGUAAAUACUUUGUUUGAUGAAGCCGUCCGUCUCUACCUCAUUAAUGACAACAACGAAGGAUCAGACCUAUUGUUUUCUUUAUUUUCAAUUUAUUAUCAAUUCCAUGCAAGCAAAGAUGAUGAUGAUGAUGAUGAAGAGGAUCCAAUCUUUGACAUUUAUUAUCUCUAUCCACAAAAUCAAGAGAUCUCAAACCUCAACAGUGAGUUUCCUGUCAAUGGCAGUGAUCAACCUCCUACUCCUCCUCAAUUUGCAACUCUUCAAGAUUAUUCUGAAUUGAUUCAUCAAAUAACAACAUUAUUUGAUGAUUCUGAUUCAUAUGAUACUGGUAUCGCAAUAUUUCAUAUUGAAAAGUUGUUGGAUAGCAUAAAGAAACAAGAAAACAACAAAGUGUUCAGAUCAAUUUUAAUUUCAAAACUAGUCCAUUUCCAUCAAAUACUCAAAAAUCUCUCAUGUGACUCCACAACCAAGCAAGUCGAUAAAAUGGGAAAUGAGAUGGUUGGUAUAAAGACUUUUGUUCUAUGGGUAGAACACGUCCAUCAUACCCUAUUCCAUGGCAUCCCAAAGGAUUUAUUAUGCGUUAAACAGGAGGAUGUGAUUGACCAAAACUGUCUUGGUACAAUUCGAGUCGUUAACUAUUCAUUGGCAAGUGUUCAAUAUAUUAGCUGA